UAAAAAAAAUCAAACAAAUAUCAUCAUGGCAGCCCGGUGCUCCAUGUGUUUAUCUCGGGUUUUCCGGCAAAAUUCCAAUAAAUUAAUUAUUAAUAGAGUAAAAAAUGUCUUCAAUGUUAAUACUCGAAUGAAAAGCUCAUCAACGAUCUUCACAGCUCCUAUUCUAAGGUACUGUUUAAAGCCUCAAGCCAGUUAUUCUACUCAAAAACCAAGUGAUGUAAAGAUUUUGAGUGAUGACAUACUGAGAGCAGCGAGAGCCAAACAAGCUUCUGGAAACGAAGAUGAAAAACAUUCCAAAAGUUCAGAUGAAGGCUCAAAGAAUGAUGCUUUUUCGAAAAAAGCAAUGAAAUAUACAUUUUUAGCAUUCGGUUCCAUGUUUACUGGGUUAGUGGGACUGGCAAUAUACGAAUGGGGUGCACCUCCACGUGAUGAGGAAGGAAACAUAAUUGAAGAUGAGUAUAGUCACAUGCCUGCCCUUAAAGCUUAUAUCUACAGGACGUACAAGGAAAUGCUGUAUUACGAUAAGCUUAUCAAAGAGCCAUCAAGGGAGAAACUUCUGCCAGAUCCUUUGACUGAACCUUAUUAUCAACCUCCAUAUACAUUAGUUCUUGAAAUGACUGGAAUAUUAGUGCAUCCUGAUUGGACUUAUCAAACAGGCUGGCGUUUUAAAAAGAGACCUGGUGUAGACUACUUUCUGCAGCAAGUAGGACCUCCUUUUUUUGAAAUUGUUAUAUACACAAGUGAACAAGGCUUUACUGCUUUUCCUAUAAUUGACACAUUAGAUCCUAAUGGAUAUAUAAUGUAUAGAUUAUUUAGAGAUGCUACUAGAUAUAUGGAUGGCCAUCAUGUAAAGGAUUUAUCAUGUUUAAAUAGGGACUUAUCUAAAGUAAUUUUUGUUGAUUGGAAUGAAAAAUCAUUUAAACUUCAACCAAGAAAUGCUCUGAAAUUGAAACGAUGGAGUGGAAAUGAUGAUGAUAAAACAUUAUAUGACUUAGCUAAUUUAUUGAGAGCCAUUGCUACUAGUGAAGUAGAAGAUGUUCGCACAGUAUUAGAUCAUUAUAGCCAGUUUGAUGACCCAAUUUUAGCUUUUAAGGAAAAUCAGCGAAGGCUUCAGGAGGAAGAGGAAAAACGUAUGCAAGGUGAGAAAAGUAAAAAAUCAAGUUUAGCAAGCACAUGGUCAAGUAACUUACUAAGAAGAAGAUAGUUCUAGAAAAUUAACUUUUAGGACAGAGGUAGAUCUUUCAUGUUGAGCAUCUUGUAUAUGUAAAAAAAAAAAAGUUCAAAUCUCUGUUUAGAAAUUGCCUACCAUAACUUUUCUUUUUCAUUAAAGCAAUUUUUAUAUCAA